AUGGAGUCGGCCACCAAGAUGAGAGCUGCCCUACUUGUGGUUGAUAUGCAGGAAGAUUUCUGUCCACCAGAAGGCUCUCUUGCCAUCCAGGAUGGCAGAUCAAUCGCCCCCUUGAUCAACAAGUUGCUAUCUUUGCCAGGUUUCGUGGUCAAGAUAGGGACCCAAGAUUUCCAUCCAGGCAGCCAUAUAUCCUUUGCUUCAAACCACCCAGCACCGUCGAACGUACCCUUUACUUCGACGAUUGAGAUGAGAAACCCCGUGGCCGGGGCUGAAGAAGAGACGAAAACACAGCAGCUGUGGCCACCCCACUGUAUCCAAGGCACCAAGGGAGCCAGCUUCAUCCCCGAAAUCGAAUCCGAAAAGCUGGAUGUCAUGGUCAGGAAGGGGAUGGAUGAACGCGUAGAAAUGUAUUCAGCUUUUACUGAUGCGUUCGGAAACAGCAACUGCGUGGAGGCCGGAGGAGCUAGCCAUGACCUUGACGCCCUGCUCAACGAGCAUCAGGUUUCGGAUGUGUUUAUCGUUGGGCUCGCGGGCGACUAUUGUGUCAGGUAUACAGCUAUUGACGCUGCUGACCGUGGGUUCAGGGUUUAUGUUGUUGACGAGGCCACCAAGUGUGUGGAUCCAGAUAAGGGUUGGGAGACUGCAAAGAUUGACAUGGCUGCCCAUGGAGUUCGGGUAAUCAGUGCUGAUGGAAUCGAAGAAGUCAUCAACAAGUCAUGUAUUAAUGUCUAA